CUCUUCAUAAAUUACGGUGCCGACACUGCCAUGGACACUGCCGAGGCGACCGGCAAAAAAUUCCGCCGGUGCGGUGCUCUUCUUUUUGGGUAAAGCCUCAGCCCUUAAAGGCCGAUAUCCCACCAAUUAAUUCUUGCCGUCAUCCCGACUCAGCAUGGAGCCCUUGGUCAUUGUGUCAGUAGCAGCUCUGGUCUACAUUAUCGCCGUAAAGUUUCUCGGCUUGACGGACAAGACGGAACCGCCUAGCCUCCUUCAUGCAAAUUCUAAAUUUGUGCACCGUCUUCUUCAAGUGUGUCCCAUACUAACAGAGACGUACGUGCCUACAUUCCUAUGGGGUCGGUCAGGCCACCUACAGACGACGAUCUAUGCAAAGGUGGGCAGGUUCAGUGCCCCUUGGCCCCAGGGCGAACGCUUUACCUACGUCAUGCCUGACGGGGCCACCUGCACGUUUGAUAUAUUUGAGCCGACGGCUAGACACCCAACUGGAGGUGAUUAUACAUUGUGCGUAGUCCCAGGGAUAGCCAACAACAGUGAGAAGGCCUACGUCCGGACGUUCAUCGCCUUUGCCCAAUCACAAGGCUUCCGUUUAGCGGUCCUCAACCAUCUCGGCUCCUUGCCAAAUGUACCUCUGACAUCACCAAGGAUUUUCACUUACGGUGACACUGAUGAGUACAGUGCGCUCGUGGAUCACGUCAGGGAGAGGUUUCCCGAAAGCCUGCUGAUAAGCGUCGGUUUCAGCAUGGGAGCCAACAUCGUCGUCAAGUAUCUCGGGGAACGGCCGGAGCGACAGGACUGGUUCCUGUGCGGCUUGUCCAUCUGCCAGGGUUACGACAUCACCAAGGCUACCUUCGUACUGCACGAGUGGGAAAACUGCCGGCGCUUGUACAACUUCAUGAUGGCACUUAACAUGUUGUCGCAGAUCCGACGCAACAGCAGCAUGCUGUUCGGUGAGCAGGCUCAGGCUUACUGGCAAGACAGGAACCACGAGCCCAUCGCCUACGACGUCGACCAGAUUAUGAACUCUACAAGUCUGGUCCACCUGGACGAACACAUGACGUACAAAAUGAUACACAGCAAUAGCUGUGAGGAUUUCUACAAAGAAUGCAGUAGUUCAGCUCAUAUAGACAAGAUUCAUAUUCCAUUGUUGCUCCUCAACGCGGCUGACGAUCACAUCAUCCCCGUCCGACACAAUGACACGCCGGUGCGCUACGCGCAGCACGCCCCCAACGCCCUCUACUGCCUGACCAAACACGGCGGCCAUCUUGGGUUCUUCGAGGGGGGUCUCCUGGUACCCAACACUGUGUCGUGGAUGGACAAGGCUAUCGUCGGCUAUGCAAACGCCGUCAUUGAAAUUCGGGAACAGGGUGGCGUGGAAACGUCAUGAUGUAUCGGGUAUCGUCCUGAUGUUUUACAUCAAGGCCUAAAAUUGUAAAAACAAUUGUCAGUUUUUAAAUUCUUAGAGGGACAAAAAUUAUCCAAUUGAUGUGUGUGGUUUUUCCAAAUUUUUAUCAGUCUUCAAGUCUUUCAUGCAACUUUUCAUUUUUUUUUCCAUGAAAACUUGCCUUUUGAAUUACUUGGUUGUCAUUGUUAUUAACAUAAAUUUAAUCGAAUUACAUGUAUAUGUAUGUUAGUAAUUCACUGACAGAUGCUUGGAGCAAUCGGGUCAAGAAAGGCCAAGGGAAAACAUUGCAAACAAAUUUUGUUAAACAAACCCUAUCCAUUAAAAGGGUCCAUGAAUUAAAUAUUUACUCCUCAUAAAUGUAUGAAAAUAUCCAAAAUUCUGGCAACUAUUGGUGCUGCAAUAGCUGUAACAUUGAGGCUUCUGCCUGAAAUGACUACACUUUUGCUCAUAGUCAUGAGUAUGGAAAAUGGCAUAAGUAUAAACACCAAAAAAGUACCAAAAUACCCUUGAAAUGGCAAAGCAAAAAAAUAAUGAAGAAGUUUGAAUGGGACACAAAGGUGCAUUUUUCAAAGGAUUGCAUUUAAAAAAUGUUAUACUGAAAAGCCCUUUAAUCCGAACCCCAUACCGGUGUAAGAAAUCAUUUUUAAAAAGUAUCCUUUGUACAUAGUUUUGUGUACACUGCAUGUACAUGUAUGUACAUGUACACCUAGUCCAAUUGUGCAAAAAAAUUAAUUAAAAAAAAAUAGCUCUGUAUUUUUUUUAACUUGAAUUUGCUUUUUGAAUGAAAAGAAAAAUAAAUCAACUCUUUUUUCAAGGUGUAGUACAUGUACAAGUUUACCGUGUUAGAGACAGGGUUCAUAGACAUCAGUGUAAAAGUCGGUUGGAGAAUUGGAUCUUUGGCUUACUGUAUGUAACUCCUUUAUACCAUACUCGCAUUAAAUUUAUCAGUUGCAACGUAUUUUAAA